GAACUGUGUGGGGAAAACGCCUACUUCUGUGACCAUUGCCAGGAGGAGAUGCCAGCUUUGAAGAGCCUGACAAUCCAAGGCGCCUCGAAGGUUCUGCUGCUGGUCUUGAACCGCUCCUCAGACUCCGCGGGUGGCAAAACGGACAGGAAAGUAAGGUACCCCGAGUCCCUUGACCUGAGGCCAUACAUGUCUCAGUCUAACAGAGGACCGUUGGUAUAUGCCCUGUAUGCCGUGCUGGUCCACGCUGGUGCGACUUGCCACUCUGGACAUUACUUCUGUUAUGUCAGGGCUGGCAACGGGAAGUGGUACAAGAUGGAUGAUUCUACAGUUACCAGGUGCGAAGUGGCUUCUGUCCUGAGUGAGUCCGCCUAUCUGCUCUUCUAUGUCCAGGGGACCGAUGGCAGAGGGGACAGUGUCAAUAGGCCAGUAGGCACAGGAAACAAGGCUCAUGCUGGGAAAGACUGGCAGAAAAAGCACAAGAGAAGAUCUU